AUACCCUCCCAGUGGCAUCCUCUCCCAGGGCACUGAAAGAAAGCCAUAGCUGCUUGGGGGAGGGGGCAGGGACUUUCCUCCUUGCCUCCGGUCCCCAGGCACUGAGAUGACAGAUCACAGGAGACAGCUCAACCUGACACUGGCGACAGGACAGGAAAUCCCAGACCUUCUUGUCUCAGGGCCUGUGGUGGGCAGUCGGACCCAGGGCCAGUGACCAGGAGGCGUGGCCUGGAGACACAGAAGGAGCCAGUCUGCCUGGCGGCACCUCAGUGGUCCUGGGGUCCGGCUUCUUCCCCCAGCACCUGCAGAUGACAACUGCCCCUCCAGCAGGCUGAUGCCAUCCUGCACUGCUUCCCACUGGGGGGCUCCACAUCCUGCCCGAGCCGCCCUGGUGGCCCGUGCUCUCCCGAUGGGGCCAGCCAGUCCCCGCUCCCCACCAUGGGGACGCUGCUCUGGCUUGCUGUUGAGCCCCACCUGAGAGUCCCUGCGGCCCAGUGAAUCCUGCUGGGCGAGGUCCAAACCCGGGUCCCCCUGCCUCCUACCCCCACAGCAGCACCGGCAUCCUUUUGCAAAAACAAUGAUCUGGAUCAUCUUUAUGGGGCUUAAGCCUGGGUGGGAGCAGAUGGGGCGUGAGCUGGGGAUCCGCUCUCCCCACGUCACAAUCUUUUAAAAAGCCUUCUCUGGCACAGGGCCGGGUUAGAGGCCAGCAGAGAGGGAAACCCAGGGGAGGGGAGCGGGGACCGUGAUGGACCAGGAAGAGAAGGUGGACGGGAGCUCGGGCCCCUGCGUCAAGGCUGGCUCUCCAGACCAGGAGGGCUUCUUCAACCUGCUGACCCACGUGCAGGGCGACCGGAUGGAGGAGCAGCGGUGCUCACUGCAGGCGGGGCCGGGCCCGGCCUCCGAGAGCCAGAGUGGCCCCGCACCCGAGAUGGACAGUCUCAUGGACAUGCUGGCCAGUACCCAGGGCCGCCGUAUGGAUGACCAGCGUGUAACAGUCAGCACCCUGCCUGGCUUCCAGCCCAUAGGACCCAAGGACGGAAUGCAGAAACGAGCCGGGACGCUCAGCCCCCAACCCCUCCUCACCCCUCAAGAUCCGACUGCUCUCAGCUUCCGUCGGAACAGCAGCCCCCAGCCCCAGACCCAAGCCCCCUGAGGGCCUG